UAGAUUCGCCCGUUUAGUCUUACAACAGACGCACGCCUGAACGGUACUGUGUUUUGCUCUUGGCAACCUGGUUUGCUGCGAUUUGCUAACAGUCUCUAGCUUGACACAGCUCACACACCCAGUAGUGCCUUCGAUUCUGUGUUGUUUUGGUGCCUUUGGGAAUUGGCAGUGUUAGUGUGCGGUGGUAGCUUUGUGGUUUUUUAGAGCGUCUUGUGUGCUGUGUGCUCCUGCCCGAAGACUUCACAAUCCCUUCACAAAGAUCGCUCCAAGCAAGUGAGAUAGAGCUGUGAUUUUGGUUGCAAUUUUUGGUGCAGUGAACCCCCAGACCAAAAACAGGUUUACAAACAGGCCUGUUUGUACCGAUCAUCCGAGUGACAGAAAGUGAAAAGCAUCUGCGGCAGAGAGCCAACCAACCCCGGUGUGGUGUGACCCCGAAAUUCAACUAAACCAGCAACAGCAACAACAUGGCCAACAAAUUUGUGUCAGUGCUGAUGGUUUCAUCUUUCCUGCUGGCGGUUAGCUUCGAAGCAGUGAGUGCGCUGAAAUGCUGGCGAUGCUCGUCGGACGCCUCAACGGCCGCCUUCUGUGACGAUCCGUUCACCCAGGACAUCAUUACCGAGCAGCAGAGACGCUGGAGCUACGUCGACUGCAGCUAUCCGCCCCAGGUCAACUACCAAUUCAACCAGGCGAACCAGCAAACCCGGCCGGUCUGCAAGAAAAUGAAGCAAAUCAUUAACGAUCGUGUCGUGGUGUCGCGCUCCUGCGCUUACGAGGACGUCAACACGCCACCCAACUCGUGCCUGAACGCCCAGACGCCCUCCUACAUCAAGACCGAGUUCUGCGAGACCUGCAUCACCGAUGGAUGUAACGGGGCCGCCCAGUACGGACCGGCCGCCCUGAUGAUCCUGAUCAGUGCGUUCGUGGCGAAGCUGCUCGCCUGGUAAUCACGGAACGGGACGGGAUCGUCGUCGUCGUCGUUCUUUUCCAUCCAUCCCUACCCCUCCACCCCACCGAAAUGGUGCUGGCAGAGAGAGGGAGAAAGAGAGAGAGGGAGGCAGUGAAGCAGUGGCAGAGAGUUAGUUACCUUAUCGUCCUACACACACAAAGCUUAGAAUACUAUACCCCAUUCCCUCGGAAUGUUAGUUAUCAGCAAGAAGCUAGGAAGCUGAUUUCGUCCAAUUUAGCAGCUUUUGAGUGGCAUCGUGACACAGGUUCGGUGCGUCCUGCACCAUCUCCACCAACAGCAACAUAAAAAGAAUCUCAUUCGCAACGGUCUUUCUCUCUCUCUCCCUGUCUCUCUGUCCCUCGCCUCUGUGACGGGGGUGUUAUGCCUUAUGCCUUACGAAUUCGGGAGGCGCUUUAAGCGUCCGAUAAGUGUUAAAGUAUUUUUGUCACCAGUAAAAAAAAACACACACACACAAAACACCUCACAGUAAUACUAAACUAUUGAACAAAAAAAGCUACAUGCAAAAUAUAAAUCGGUAAAACAUGAGAAAGAAAGAAGCUAAUUUGUAUGGUACAGUGUUACAAAUAUGUAAGCAUAUGAAGAACCACAAAAACCGUUAAAUUUAAAAGAAAGUAACAAGUAACAAAACACAAUCACAAUUGUGUUGAUUAAAGUAAGGACAGUGCAGUAAUAAGAGCGUUACGAGGAAGUUAAUGAUGUACAAAACCACAAAGAUGAUGAUGCUAGACAGGAUAGACACAACAGGUACCGGAACAUAUCAAUUUGGUAAAUAGCUGCUUCAUCACUAGACCACACCGAACAUUUGCCCUUAAUUAUUAUACAUCUGUCGUUUCACAUCACAAGUGGUGUAAUUUUGCUUAGCUUUAAAGAUGUUAAAUCACGAUUAGAGGAAGCCUUCAUUGUCUCAAGAAUGUUUGUUAAUAUUUGCCAAGCUGUAGGCGAUACUGUAAUACAUUUGCUUUCCAAAAUUCGCUUCAAAAUUUCACAACAACCAACCUUCAAACACACAGGAGCAAAUAUCAAAUUGGAAUUGAAAAUUAAAGAGAAACCAAUUUUUUAUCAGAUGUUAUCAUACACACAUAUAUGCACAAAAUCCACACAUCAUAUUACCAUGCAUCACUUCCGUCAAACGUGUACAUAAUAUGUAGACCGAAAAGGGAUAAUGAAUAAAGCUACACAGAACAAA